GCUAAUUAGAGUACUAUUUGGCAAAGGAGGGAGUACUAGUACUAGUCUACUAAAUAAGGUUAAUCAUGAUUAUAAAGCAAAGAUAAAACGGUAAUAAGAAGCAGUAAUUGAAUACUAACUUGCUUUGCUGGCGGUGCUGGCGUCUUUGCCUGCUGAAACAACAAAGUCUGCCCAUUUCUUCCUCUCUUAUUUUUCCCCCUUCUCUCGGCGCAGCACUACGCAAUCAUCUCCAAAACUGCCCGUGCGCAUAAUAUGCGUUUCCAAGUGUCUUGUAGUCCUGAGCCUGUCUCUUUCAUCACUUCAGUUAAUUACAUUGGAAAAGGACUUCGGUGGGCAAGAUUCGCAGGGUAGGUUUGUGUUUUUACAUCGUCAGCACUGGAGGAUGAAGUUUUAAAUCAUCGUUUGGAUUAGAAUUUGAGGAAUAUUCGAAGCUAAAGCGACAGAAUACCUUAUGCCUUUGCUGGUUUAGGAAAAGGAUAGUAUGGACUUGCAUGGUAAUACUCCUCAGGUGGAGCAUGGAAGGUUUGAACAGAUACUUAACCAGUUUCUUCUUAAGAGCUUACACAUUAUAUUGGACUCUAGGGUUCCUUCGAUCCGGAUGCCCUUGUCCCGACAACAACGUGGUGGAGAGCUCAAAAAGAGUGAUAAGUGGUUCAACUUAGCACUUGGGGACCGGCCUGCUGUAUUGGACAAUCUCAACUUUUGGCAUAGGAAUCUAAUGGAGCCGAUGAUUAUUGAUAUUAUACUUGUUCAAGACAAACCGUGUUCUUCUUCAUCUGAGAGUGGCUCACGUACCCCUACGUCUACUUCAGGGUUGGGGAAUACACUUGCGGAGACUGUUAUAGAGAGGUGGAUUGUUCAAUAUGAGCACCUGAGGACAGUGCCAAUGGCAAUGUCUCCUCAAUCUACUGGUGAUGUUUCGUACAAGAAACUCUAUAAGAAAUCGAUUAUACUUCUACGCUGCCUUUAUUCAAUGAUGAGGCUGCUUCCAGCUUAUAAGGCCUUUCGCAAGCUUUCUUCAUCAAGUCAGACCUGCGAAUUCGAUAUUAAUUACAAAGUUUCUGCAUACUGUGUUCCCUUUUCCAGAGCAGAGGAGGAUUUAAUGAAAACUUAUACCUUUACACCUGUAGAUGCACAACAGGGUCGAUUCUCCAUAUCUGUUACAUACCGGGAAAAUCUGUCGGAUUACAACCUGGAAUGUUCGACAUCUUUUCCACCAGAAAUCAUUGCUGAUUAUGUUGGUAGUCCUCUUGCCGAUCCUCUAAGGGCUUUUCCUUCCUCCUUGGAGAAAGGCUAUCAUCAUGGUGCAUCAUUGUUGUCAAGAGGGUCGCCGUUACGUUCUUCUACUACGCCCUCUCAGCGCCCGCACAGCUGGACUAGUGGGCUCCACCGUGGGGUUUCAUCUCCUCAAGGACAGCAGCAUAUGCCAGCAUCUCCCCCCCUGUAUCGUGUGACCUCAUAUGAGGGCUCACCUUCGGAUAUACAUGGGCCGAAGCAGCUACAGGAUUAUAGGUCGCCUGUUCACCAGAAAGCUCUAUACUUUGAACAUGAUUACCAGCUUUCCCCUCCAUUUUCACCAUCUCCUCCUACUUAUUUCCCCAGCAGCACUCCUCCUGUGCAGACUCGUAUGAGGUCAGAAACUGCACCUGUCAGUAUUCCACAUCAACCAAUCUUGGGGAGAGGUUCAAGAUAUCUUUCUCCGAAUUUGUCUGAUCCUAAUAGGAAUUCGCUUCCACCUCUAUCCCCUCGUUUCGUGAAGCAUGAAUCCUCGUCUCAGGAGUCUCCAUCCGGAGCCAGAUCAUUGAGGAGACCAGAAUCUUUGAGAUCUGGGGAGUCGAGUUAUGGGAUAACUAAUUUGGGUCAGAAAGUUUCAAGGGACGCAAAGGAAGAUUCGGGGCGGUUCUCUGGCUUAUUAUCUUCCAGCGAUUCACCACGUGUUGGUUUCUCGAGAAGUUCUAGUAGAUUAUCUUUUCAGGAUGACCUGGAUGAGUGUGAUUUUUCUUGUCCUUUCAUUGUUGAUGACGUUGAUACUUCUGAUUCCCAUGCCAGGUAUUUGCCGUCAUUUUAAAUAUAUUUUUCUUUCUUUUUUCUCCCUAUGUGUAACCUUUUGCCGUCAAGUUGAGCUGUAAAAUGAAAUUUCUGUUUGAUUCUUUAGUAUCUUCUAGAUUAACAUAUUUACCCAUUCGGCUAUGUUUCCUUGUUAGAGGAUUUGUUACAUCUCAGAAUAAUUGUAAUUUUAUAAAGAGGGUUAGGAAUUCAGCGGAAAUAGCUAUUUCGGGAUCUGCACUUACUAUCUAAAAUGACAUUGAAGGAAGAAAUUAUGAUUUCCAUAUUCAGCAUCGCUUGUAUGUUUUUUUCCCUCCCUAUCAAGUGUGUUGCAGAUGAUGCGGACAUAGUAAUGGAUUUGUAAGUUUGAAUCUCAACCAUCAAUGUAUUUGGAUCUAACAGCACUUUUAGACCAUGAAUUGUUUACCACUAGUUGCAUCAUCUAAAACACUCUUCAUGAGCCUUGGCACCACCUUACACAGUUUAUUAGGAUGUUAUCAGCAUCUAUUUGAUCAUGUGAAUUAGGUAUUUUUGAAUUUUGUAAGCUGUAAGUUAUUGCUUUUUGCUCAGAGGGUGAUGAUGUCAUACAUCACUUCCCUGUGGGUUAUGGAGAAUCGUUGCUUUGAGUUAAAUAUUGAAGGUCGAACUUUUGUCUUCGCAAUCUUGCUGAUAUGAUUAUGGUUCUCUGCCUGACCCUUUUAACAGUCACAAUUUUGAUCUCAGAGGAGGUGCCUCAGAAACCUCUAUGCGAGCAUAUUCAACUGCACGGCGAUCACAAGAUGCCGCGGUCGGUGCCCUUGUUCACAUGCUGCGAACAGCUCCUCCAUUGCGUCUGGACUCAAGUGGUUAUGCUUCUCGUUCUGAUUACCCCAGUGACAUGGGGAGCGGCGCUUCUUCCGGGUUCUUCCUCCCUCGAAAGACAUCUGAUGCAUUGGAGGAGCUCAAGGUUUACAAAGAAAUGAAGGAAUUGCUGCUUUCCAAGAGUGCAACGAGGGAAGUUGCAGCCAAGGAAGGAGCUGCGCCUUCUGGCUAAUUUUUUCAUGCUGCUUUCCAUACAUUUGGCUGUAUCAGAUAGGAUGGUGUGACUGAGUUCAAGUAGGAUAAAUCAGAAAAAAUGUUUAGCCAAAUUAUGCGCAAGAUUUUAACUUUUCUCUAAUCGUGAUUGGAAUUCAGUGAGAUAAAAUGUGGAUGCAGGACAGAGAGGAGGGAAAGCUGAUGACAGUAUUCCGAUGGAGAAGUUAAGGACUUUCUGAUUAUCCAAUUGAACAAAAAUUGUAAAUAUGAUGAACAGAAGCUAUUCUAUAUCGGUGUUCUUGUAUACAUAUCCCUUUUUAGAUAGCUCAACAGUCAUAAUUUUAUGUUUGUUAGUUUUGCUGAGAGCAAAGUUCUGAUAUGCUGUUGUUAUAUUUUCGCUUCUUCUACCUGAACUUUCCUCUUAUGGAAGCAAUCAAGAUGAACUCUGAGAAAACUGUUAAAUCAAGAUCUCUUAAACUGAUACCUAAGGCCUCGACCGUUGACAAAAGACAAGUUGAGGCCGUAUUGGUAGUUUUAGAAAAGUUAAGGGGUG